ACACAACACACACCUGGGAGCAGAGCAGGGCGGACGGAUGCAACACGGAACACACACACAAUCACACCACGUACAACACACACAGAGACAGAACAAAUGCUGACUCCAGACAACAUCAACAGAGGAAGCAGCAGCCCCAGUAGUAGCAGAAAGACGAGAACCACAACGGAAACCACCAGAGGAACCCCUCUCACUCCUCUCCUCUUCCCAGGACCUCAGCUCUGAGAUGGGCUGCUCCUCGGGACGCCAGCCCCCGGUCCCAGUGCUUCACCCAGGCUUGGACUGUGGCAGCAGCCUACCCUCGGAGUUGCCCCAUGGAGGAGGGGACAUGGUCCUACCCCCAGAGUCGCUCUCUACGCUGCAGUGUCUGGCCCAGGCCACGGGUGGUACAGAGAAGUCCUGGUACCGCUGCGUGUUUCCGUUCGGGGUGAUCUCUCUGGUGAUCGGGGUAGCGGGAACGGCGGUCACCUUCAUGUAUAACACGCCAGACCUGUACCAGACCAAGGUGGUGUCCAUGGUGCUGCUGGUGGUGGGAGUGGUCAUGCUGCUGAUGGCAGCCAUCUGCUGGAGGGACCACAGGCUGAAGAGGAUGAGGAAGGAGGGAGGGUUCUUCUGCUCCGAACAGGGCACCUUGUGAGGUCU